CACAUGGAUUCUCUGCGUGUAUUUCGCAGCUCCGUCGCUUCGCAAAUCCUUCACCGGAAGCAAUUCACAUUCGCCGAUCGCCGCGGAAGGUCUCCGGCGGUUCCUUUCUCCGCCGGACGAGGCAGGAUUUCUUCUUUUCCUCUCCGUCUCCGUCGCUGGCUUCCGAUCAUCUGCGCCGCCGUUGUUUCCUCUUCCGAAUCCAAAGUGGAGGAGAAGAAGAAUAAGAAGAUGAAAUCAGAGUCAGGGCGUGACAAAGUGCAGUUAAGUAUACGGCUGGAUCACCAAGUUAAAUUUGGAGAGCAUGUUGUUAUUUUGGGAUCGACGAAAGAAUUGGGUUCAUGGAAGAAGAAGGUGCAUUUGAAUUGGACGGAGAGGGGAUGGGUGUGCCAAUUAGAGUUGAAAGGGGGUAACUCUAUUGAGUAUAAGUUCGUUAUCUUGGGGAAGGAUGAGAGUUUGUUAUGGGAAAGUGGUGAAAAUCGAGUUCUGGGGCUGCCCGAACGAGGGAUUUAUGGAAUUGUUUGUCAUUGGAACAAAACGGGGGAGGCUGUCGAUUUACUGGCAUUGGAGGAAGAGGAUGAUGUAGGUGAAAAUGGGUCUUUAACUGCUGACACUGCUGCUCCUUUGGGGGUGGAGACGAGUCCUUUUGUUGGGCAAUGGCAAGGAAAGGCUGCCUCCUUCAUGCGGUCAAAUGAGCAUCGAGCUCACGAAACAGAAAGAACAUGGGACAGGGACACCUCAGAUCUUGAAAGACUGGCUUUAAAAUUAGUUGAAGGUGACCGAAAUGCAAGAAAUUGGUGGAGAAAGCUUGAAAUCAUACGUGAGCUAGUAGCUGAAAACUCAGAAAGUGAGGAUCGGCUGGACGCGCUCAUAUAUUCUGCCAUCUACUUGAAGUGGAUAAACACAGGCCAAAUUCCCUGCUUAGAAGAUGGAGGUCAUCAUCGGCCAAACAGGCAUGCUGAGAUUUCCCGACUUAUAUUUCGGGAAUUGGAAUGGAUAUAUAGUAGGAAAGAUACUUCACUCCAGGAAAGACUUGUUAUCCGCAAGAUUCACCCAUGUCUACCAUCUUUUAAGGCUGAAUUUACUGCAUCUGUACCACUAACACGAAUAAGGGAUAUUGCUCAUCGGAAUGAUAUUCCUCAUGAUCUCAAGCAAGAAAUUAAGCAUACAAUACAAAACAAGCUUCACCGAAAUGCUGGUCCUGAAGAUCUGGUUUCUACAGAAGCAAUGCUUGCAAGAAUAACAAAAAAUACAGGAGAAUACAGUGAAGCAUUUGUGGACCAGUUCAAGAUAUUCCAUCAGGAACUGAAAGAUUUCUUCAAUGCUGGAAGCCUUGCCGAACAACUUGAAUCCAUCAAGGAAUCUCUAGAUGAACGUGGCCUUUCAGCCCUCACGUUGUUUUUGGAGUGUAAAAAGAGUCUGGAUGCUGAAGAAGAAGUAAGUAAUUUUGCAGUGAAUAAUACCAGUGGCUUGUUGUUCCAAACCAUGCAAUCACUGAAUGUUCUGAGAGGAGUAAUUGCAAAGGGUCUUGAAAGUGGUCUUAGAAAUGAUGCUUCUGAUGCUGCAAUAGCCAUGCGUCAAAAGUGGCGCCUCUGUGAGAUUGGGCUGGAGGACUAUUCAUUUGUUAUCUUAAGCAGAUUUCUCAAUGUGCUUGAAGCUACUGGAGGUGCCAAUUGGCUAGCAGAGAACGUGAAUGAAAAGAAUAUAAGUUCUUGGAGUGAUCCGCUUAGUGCUUUAAUUGUCGGGACUAAUCAGGUAAAAUUGGCUGGUUGGAAGUCCAAUGAAUGUACCGCUAUUGAGAAUGAGCUGCUUGCCUGGAAGGAGAAAGGACUCUUGGAAAUGGAAGGAAAUGAAGAUGGAAAGACAAUCUGGGCAUUAAGGCUCAAAGCUACUCUUGAUAGAGCUAGGAGGUUAACUGAAGAAUAUUCUGAAGCACUUCUUCAAAUAUUUCCCCAAAAAGUCCAGAUGUUAGGCAAAGCUUUUGGUAUCCCUGAGAACAGCGUAAGGACAUAUGCUGAAGCUGAGAUUCGUGCCGGAGUAAUCUUUCAGGUGUCAAAACUUUGCACCCUUUUCUUAAGAGCUGUGAGAACUACAAUUGGUUCUGAGGGGUGGGAUGUCCUCGUUCCCGGAUCUGCUGCAGGAACAUUGGUUCAGGUUGAUAGAAUUGUCCCGGGGUCAAUGCCAUCAUCAGUGGAAGGAUCAAUUGUUCUUCUGGUCAAAAAAGCAGAUGGAGAUGAGGAGGUGGCAGUUGCAGGAAGUAAUAUAGUGGGAGUUGUCCUUUUGCAAGAGCUACCUCACUUAUCUCAUCUUGGUGUUAGGGCCCGGCAGGAGAAGGUUGUCUUUGUGACAUGCGAAGACGACGAUAAAGUUGCUGAUAUAAAAAAGCAUAUUGGAAAAUAUGUGAGGCUGGAUGCGUCCUCAGCGGGUGUUAAUCUUCAUCUGUCUUCAUCCGAUAAUAGCAAAAAACACUUUGCUGUGAAAGCUCUUUCAGGUGAUGACUCAUCAACAGUUGAAGUCCCCAGACCUGAAGAUCUGUCCUGGUCGUCUACAAAAGCUCCUUAUUCUAAUCGGGGUUCUGCUGGAGGAGUUCUCUUACUUGCUGAUGCUGAAGCUGAGAAUUCAGGUGCAAAGGCUUCUGGUUGUGGUCGUUUAGCUUCAUUGGCAGCAGCAUCUGAUAAAGUUUACAAUGACAAAGGGGUCCCAGCAUCAUUCCGUGUUCCUGCAGGGGCAGUGAUACCAUUUGGCUCUAUGGAAUUGGCAUUAGAACAAAGCAAGUUGAUGGAAACUUUUAAGUCAUUUCUCGAUAAGAUAGAAACAGCAAAACUUGAAGGCGGUGAACUCGACAAAUUAUGUGGUCAGCUCCAGGAACUCAUCUCUUCCUUACAGCCCCCGAAUGACAUUAUAGAUAGCAUAGAGAAAAUAUUUCCCAGGGAUGCACGAUUAAUUGUCCGUUCAAGUGCUAAUGUUGAGGACUUGUCUGGACUGUCAGCUGCUGGACUCUAUGAAUCAAUUCCCAAUGUUAGUACUUCAAAUCCAAGCAUCUUAGGAAAUGCUAUUAGUCGAGUAUGGGCUUCACUUUACACCCGAAGAGCAAUUUUGAGCCGCCGAGCAGCUGGUGUUCCACAGGGGGAAGCUUCAAUGGCAGUUCUAGUGCAGGAGAUGCUUUCACCAGAUCUAUCCUUUGUUCUCCACACACAAAGUCCAACAGACCAAGAUAAUAAAUACGUGGAAGCUGAAAUUGCUUCUGGCCUUGGUGAAACACUGGCUUCAGGCACUAGAGGCACAGCCUGGCGUCUAUCCUCCGAGAAGUUUGAUGGGACUGUAAGAACGCUGUCAUUUGCAAAUUUCAGUGAGGAGCUUGCAGUUCUUGCUGCAGGUGCUGCUGACGGUGAGGUUAUCCAUUUGACUGUAGACUACAGCAAGAAAGCAUUGACCGUUGAUCCAAUUUUCCGCCGACAGAUUGGUCAGCGCCUUGGUGCCGUGGGUUUCUUCCUUGAGCAGAAGUUUGGCUGCCCCCAGGAUGUAGAAGGAUGUGUUGUUGGAAAAUAUAUCUUUGUAGUUCAGACACGUCCACAGCCCUUGUAAUAACGCCUCCCGAGAUUCUUUCCCUGAAGAUCGAUUGCAUGUGCAGACUGGUCUAGUAGAUGAAUUAGCUGUCCUUAGUACACUGCGCAUUUGUAUAUCCUUGUGAACAGCAGUAUGCAUGUUCACAGAUAACACGAAUGCAGAAGGUUUGAGAUGACAAAAUGCGUUGCAUUUAUACACAUGCUGCUGAAAGAUGAGGGGAAUGUGAAUAUGUUAUAGUUCUGAAGAGGUACAGUUGUAUGUUUUACGCUUUAUAAAUUGUUUCAACAAAAUUUAGAUGCUGCCAAGAAAAGGCCUUUAUGCCUUGCGUUAUUCGAAUAAAGCAUGGAUAAAGAAAUUGGGGA